AUGCAAAAAAUCGAAAAGUUAGAAUCAUUCAAAGAAGUAUUACGAAGACAAGUCCCACGUAUUGUUGGAGAGCCAAUACCAAUGAAAACCUACGAAAUCGCUCAUCCAAAAAGUUGUGGAAAUCCUUGGAUCGGUGCCUAUUCUAAAUAUGGUCUUUGGUAUAAAUUUUACGAAGGCGAACAAAAUGAUUAUGACAAAAUUGUUGCGCUAUCAUUUGAAUCCGAUUCGUAUUUCAUGAACUAUGAAUCUUUUUUCGUAUGGAAAUCGAUUUCUGAUGGCGAUUUUCGCUUUAUUGUCGCUAAGAAUUUGGAAGGCGAUGUUGUCGGUUCAGUUGGUUUGAUUAAUCAUGGAACGAUUGUCCAACUUGGUUUAUAUUAUGUCACCGAAGAAUAUCGACAUUCCGGAAUUGGAUCAAAGAUAUUUAAUGAAAUACUUAAAAAUAUGAAGGGAAAAACGUUGAUUUUCCAUUCAAUGUCUCAUAUCGCUACAAAAUGUUCUCGAUUUGGCUUUAAUCAAGAAUGUGAACAAUGGAAAUUUUUUGAGUAUACUGUGGAAAAUGGUUCUGGAUUCGAAAAUCUACUAGCUAUUCCAAGUGCUGAAAUAAAAAAGUUAUCAGAACUCACAGAAAGUCAAUUGAUGGAACUCGUCGAAUAUGAUUUUAAUGUUUGCAAAAUUAGACGUAAGGAGUGGAUAGAAAAAUGGCUCGCAAGUGUUUUUUCAGAUACAUUUGUUUCAUUCGAUGGAAAGGGAAAUAUAAAUGGUUAUGGAAAUAUGCGAGAAGUUGCUGGUGGUUAUGUCCGAAGAAUCCUUGUUGGACCGUUAUAUGCAAAUAAUUUUCAAAUUGCAAGUAGCAUUCUCUAUAAAUUGCUGAAAAAAUUCUAUAACAUUGAUAAAGACUUUGAGUGGGAUCCCGACAUUUAUGCAAUUUAUAGACGAAGCGCAUAUUUUAUAGUUCCAUUAGCGAAUAAUCAGAUGAUUUCACUUCUGGAAAAACUCAAAGGAACAGGAAUAAUCCAUAAAAAUCGGCUUUUCUUUCAGACUCGUUCGACGAGAGAAUUACCAACGCCGGAAUUUGAAAAAAUUUUCGCGGUAUCUGAUCUUCAUUUGUCAUACAUAUAA